CUACAAGAAUGUCGUCUUUCCCUCUUCUCCAUCUGCCCAGCAAGGAGCUAUCGAAAGUACUACGUCACAUGGAUCCUAUUUCACAAUUCGGGUGCUCACUGCUCUCAAAAAAGUCUAAACCCUCUAUCUUAAAAAUUCCAAAUCUCCCCGGUUUCCAUAGUGUCAGGCUAUACGUUCUCCAAGCGCAUUUCUUGCCUCCCCCUUGAAUCUUAUGUAUGAUCUCAUUUCCUCACUCAUUUGUACAUGAUGUCAUAUUUAUUUUUUUUUCUCAUUAACUUUUCUUGGAAAUCAUUUGUAUCAUCUGACCUCGGACAUGUUCCAAUCUGGUCACCUUAUCAUUCACAUUUCUUACCUCAUCUCAUUUUUAUUCCUCAUUUUGCCCUUAAUUUUCAAGCCAAGAAAUAGUGAAUAAAUAAAUAAAUAAAUA